AUGAGACUUUCAGCGACCUUACUGCCAGCCCUGCUUGGCGCAGCUUCCGCAGCAUCAGAACCCGCCAGCGUCUACAUAUUGCAAGGCUCUGAAUCACCCUCCUCGAAUCCUCCAACCCUCACUCCAGAACAAGCACGACUCGUCCUCGCUCAACGUCUAAGCAUAUCACAAUAUCACGGGCUUGGAGAUGUCAGCGACAGUACACUGUCAUAUAUAAACAGAUUUAGUGGACAACAAAUAGAAUCGCUGUUUGGAGACGUUCCUCCGCAAGAACUGGCAGCGGAGCUUGUGCUGGUUGUAGAAGGAGUGUCGAAGACGCAUUUAAAGACUUGGGAGUCACUCAAGCCAGCCUUCACUAUCUCUGAUCCUCCAUCCCCGCCCGCGAAUAAGAAGUUGGUGUCAGAUUUAAACACACAAGCAGGGGAGAAAGAAAAUUGCGCUCUUGAGGAUGCCAUCAACCCGUAUGAAAUCAAGUGUUGGAAUGGGAAAUCGAAGGUUAUACAUUUUGAUCUAGCUAGAAAGGGCUCUCAAAUGGAGGCUUUGAUGGCUGCUAGAGAGAGGUUGAUCAGGUGGGCUAAUUGGGGAGAUAUGAACACCGUCAUUGUCCUCAUGCCAGAGUCAUCUCGAUCAACGAAGAAGGUUUCUUCCAAGCCAUAUGGAUCCUAUGAAGUCCCCUCCCAAGUGCGUCUUAAUGCCAGACAAGUCGAAGAGAUUAUGUCAGAGAGUGCAGCUGUGGCUUCAUCCCCACCAAAACCUCACCUCUUCCAAUCCUCGAAUUCUUCCAACUCCUCGGGACCUAUCGUAGGCAUCCCACCCGUUUGCCACUCCUCCAACGACACCUGCACGACCGCAACAAACUUCUGCUCCGGCCGUGGCGCUUGCUUCCAGAAGUCUGCCACAUGCUUUACAUGCGGUUGUCGUGCCCAAAAUGAGACUUUCGCAUACGGUAACGACGGUGAGAAGCGGGGCUACAGACUUUCUUAUUACGGGGGAGCUGCGUGCCAGAAGAAGGAUGUCAGCACAUCGUUUUGGCUCAUUGCUACAUCCAGCAUUGUUAUGAUGGGGCUCGUGGGAUGGGCUAUCGGGAUGAUAUUCAGUAUUGGAGAGGAGAAGCUUCCCGGGGUUAUUGGGGCUGGUGUUUCAUCUAAUAGGGGCCCAAAAUAG